AUGCCUAAAGAAGAAGAUUUCCCUAGCCGCCCCUCCACGUUCUACAACACCAUUGAAGCCACUGUAAAUACUCAAACAUAUUCGACAUUCAAGAUGGGUGUCCCAAAUGCUGCGGCCGAUCUGCCGGCUAUGAAAACGAACCCCAAGUUCAUCUUCUUCACCGACUUCGACGGCACAAUCACUCUUCAAGACAGCAAUGACUACAUGACCGACAACCUAGGCUACGGCUACGAGAAGCGGCGCCAAGGCAACCUCGACACCCUCGCCGACAAGAUCACCUUCCGCGACUCCUUCCGCGACAUGCUCGACAGCGUAACCACCCCCUUCGACAAAUGCACGCAAAUCCUCGUCGACAACAUCAAGCUCGACCCCUACUUCGCCGAGUUCUACACAUGGAGCUUGGAAAACAACAUCCCCGUCGUCGUCCUGAGCGGCGGCAUGGAGCCAGUCAUUCACGCCAUUUUGAAGAAUCUGGUCGGCCCGACGGCGGACAAGAUCCAGGUUGUGGGCAACUACGUUGGCUCGAGAGAUGGCAAGGAUAUCAACACAGAGCGUGGUUGGCAAAUCAACUACCGCCAUCCCGAAUCAGGGUUUGGACAUGACAAGUCGGUCGAGUUGAGGAAGUACUCUUCGUUGCCGGCGAGUGAGCGGCCGACCAUGUUUUACGCUGGCGACGGCGUUUCGGAUCUCUCCGCUGCGCGGGAGACCGACCUUCUCUUCGCAAAGCAGGGUCACGACUUGAUCAGCUACUGUGCGCGCGAGGACGUGCCCUUCACAGUUUUCAAGGACUGGUCCGACAUUCUGAGCAAAUGCAAGGCUAUUGUCGAGGGAAAGACGACGACUGAAGCAGCGGCCAAGGAGGGCUAUGAGGCAUACAAGAGCGGAAAGGCGGGCGUCACUGUUGCGACGACGAAAUAAGAGUGAUGCCAUUGCUGUGACUCCUGGGGAGAUCAUGAAUGCGUCGAGCAUAACCAUAGACGAAGACGAUAGACACGAACUAGACUACACUAGAAUCCAAUGCAUUGAAAUUGCAUUCCAGACAUAAACACUGAA